CGCGGUUGCACACAACAUAGCCAUCUUGUCAAGGGAGAAGGAGGGAGCUGUCGGCGGUUACUUGUUUUAUACGGAACGUUUUGGGGCUCCGUUUGUUUUUCAGCGGUAGAAAGCUUCGAAGCGAAGCUGUUUUCGACGGACGUCCUGACGCCCGUGGAGUAGCUGAGACGUGGGUGGGCUUUCCGCGGAGAUGUCUCGCACACUUGUACCGACGUAGAGGGGGGAGUGUGCCGCUGCAGCCACUCGGCUCGAAUUGUUAGCUAGCUCAGAGAGUGAAGGGCCUCCUUAGCUCAAAGUAGCUGCUACAGCUGGACAACACACGGCCGGCCGACAAGUGGACAGCCGAGGAAGAAGCAGUCCGGUCCGGACUGACUCUCUGUUUCCUAGCAGCCGUCAUCCAGACAGCUUUUAUCGGUGUCAGGACCCGCGCUGCUGGACGAGGGAGGCAAGAAGUGUGGCGUUCGGGCUUCAUGAAACGCAACAGGAGACAGAGAGGAAGAGGAUGGCGCAGAUUCAUCUUGAUUACAGCUAAGUAGGAGGAAGAGGAAAACAGACCCAAGUGUGCUCUUAAAUAUGAUCUAAGCUUUGUGGGACAUUAGUCGGAAAGAUUCCCUUUGACCGAGCAGAAAAUAAACAAACCAAAACACAGCCGCACGGGAUCAGACUGGCCAAACAUGUCGAAGAUGCCGGCCAAGAAGAAGAGCUGCUUUCAGAUCACAAGCGUGACACAAGCCCACCAGGGUCCUGGGGGGCCCACGGACGACACCGAGAGUCUAGACGAUCCGGACGAGUCGCGAACCGAAGAGCCGUCGGAGAUCUACGAGGCAUCUCGGGCUGAGUACGAGCCCGCGGGUGAGAGGAGGUCCUCGGUUGAAGCCCUGAAUAACGCCGGGGAGGCGGAGGCGCAUUUGAAUGCACCUCAGGCCUCUCAGCAGUCCGGAGAGGAGUUGAGAAAAGUUGGAUCCGUUCAUGGAGGUCAGCAGCCCUCUGCUCCAGCCAACACAGGGAGCUGCACAUCACGCUUCAGGGUCAUUAAACUGGAUCAUGGUACUGGAGAGCCUUUUAGAAGAGGGAGGUGGACAUGUACCGAGUUCUACGAGAAGGACUCGGAGACCUCUCACCAUGCUCGGACUGACAGUUUGAGACACAGCAGUGUGACUCUGGAUCCUGUUGGGGAGAGGGACAGUGGGCUUGGACCCUCUGUGGGGUCAACGGCCACACACUCUGGUCCUGGUUUAGGGUCUGCAGCAGAAGGAUCCCACUCUUCAGUACUGCAGCAGCAUUUCAGCGGCGUUCCGGCCACUCACAGUUCUUUCUCCAACGUAAAACCAGGAGCUGUCCCUCCUCAGUCGUCCAUGGGGGGUCUCCAGCCUCAUCCCGCUCAGAACGUGCUUCCUGUUGGACAGAACGACCUGCUCCACUCCGAUUUCCUCCUGCAGAAGUCCCCGACGAUGCCACCUUCUUACCCGCCGCAGCAGCCGGUUCCUGGGGUCCAUCCCGCCGGCAGCCAGGCGGAGUUUUAUCAGCAGCCUGCGUCCGUUCCCCCUGGACAGUCUCUUCCGGUGGUCGGACAGUUCCCCGCUCCGGUUCUGCCUUCAGCUUCUUCAGGGAGUCAGGUUGGAGACGUCAGACCAGCAGCUCCUCAGGCUCCCAUGUUGGUGGGUGGAUCAACCCCGCCGUCACAACAACAGAACACAGUUCAGUACCCCCCGGCCGGACAGCCUCACCCCACAUCUGCUGCCGUGCUAAACGUGCCUGCAGUGAACGCGGGUUCAAGCGCGCCCACCAGCGCGCCCAGUGCCUCUACUGCGACCGUGCCAAAUGCGACAGCCUCCAGUUUGCCUCCUGGUCUAAUAGCAACCAGUAAGACUCCAGGCGCCUUAGGCCCAACAAGCGGAGUGCUGGAGGCAGGUGGAGGAAGGAAGUCAGAGGGAGGAGUCAUUCCACAAUCUCCAGUCAUACCUGGGAGGAAAGCUGGGAAGCCCCUCAUGCCGAAGGACCUGCAGCUCACCUCUCCUGUCACCUCUCCUCUCCUGUUUGAAAUCCCCAUACCUGUGGACGGGGAUGAGGACAGGAACCCCUCCAUGGCUUUCUACCAGGCCUUCCAGUCUGGAAGCAGAUUAAGAGACUCAAAGGCUCACAGUGAUAGUGCCUCUGGAGCCAACAUCGUUGCCAUCGAUAAUAAAAUUGAACAAGCAAUGGACCUGGUGAAAAGCCAUCUGAUGUAUGCCGUGCGGGAGGAGGUGGAGGUCCUGAAGGAGCAGAUCAAGGAGCUGUUUGAGAGGAACUCUGUGCUGGAGCGGGAAAACGCCGUGCUGAAGUCUCUGGCCAACAGCGAGCAGCUGUCUCAGUUGUCGGCUCAGACGGGCGCCGCCGCCGCUGCUGCGACUGCGACUGCCGCCACCCCUGGGUCCGCCUCCAGCUUGCCGCAGAUCCAUCCCAUACCCCAGCAGCUCCAGACUCAGAUCGACGCUAGUCAGCAACCGCAGCCCAACGUCACCUCGGCUUGAAGAGGGUCUGCCCUGCUUUCACAGGGCAGAGAUAAAGAGCAUCUUCUUGUACAACUUAACAUAAUUAGCAUAUGUGAAAUUAAACUGUCCUUUAGCCACCAGCUUGACCACAGAGUACAGUGCUUGUGUGUGUGUGUGUGUGUGUGAGUGUGUGUUAGCAAGCGAGACUGAACCGGUUGGGGAAUGUAUGCGUGCGUCUGUACUGUGGGCCUUUUCCAGUGUUAAUGCAAUCAUCGAAUGAGACAGAGGGGCUUACAGGAAGUG